AGGCACAACAACAAAAGGCUUUUUAGCACGAUACCUUGGAUAAAGCGGAUAAUUAAAAAAAGACGAUUACACAAUCAUCACAAUUGGAAGUUCGGGUGUUGGCAGUGAUAAAUAUUGACAUGUAAAAUAUCUGCACAUCGAGGACAUUGUGCAGUCUAUUGUGUAGGAAUGCGUAUACAGUUGCUAUGAAAAGCUCGCCAUCAGAAAGCUAGUGAAUAGGAAAUCAAAGAUAUAAUAGGAUAUUCCAAAUAAGGGCGGCGUUAAACACGAAGUAUUUGAUCAGCAUUUGAACCAUUCUUGCAGUAAACCUUCCCCACUGUCGUUUGCUGGAGUCACGUGACACGGUGCGAGCACGCGACACGCGGUCAACAUCCGGGGGCCAUGUUUUGUUUCGGGGGAUGUCUGGACGAAGCCGAACCAAGUCCGUAUCGCCGUCAGAAGAAGGAGAAGCUCAUCUCUAAUGGGAAGAAGCUUAAACAAAAAGAGCAGCUGUUAUUUCCACGGCAUACCAAUGACGUUUUUAGACCACAGGGGACAAAAGACUCAACACGGAUAAUGAACAUGCUGCACGUGAACCGGAAACUGCUGGAACACCAUGUCAAACACGUGACCAACGUCCAGACGGAUGUGCACGUUAAACUGUCUUACCAGCACCAAAAGCCGGGCAGUGCAGCUCGACACAGCCACCUAGAAAGCCGAUAUACAGUGGUCCGCGUCCCUAGUCAUCAGGCUCGCCAACCUCACGGCGCUCAAAACAAUGCAGCGGCCAAACUGAACGGCCUACUGAAAUCCAGAGACAAACGAGAGUCGGAGCGAUCGACCCAACAGGCAGAGGUCAGUGACAACGAGUUGCCGCGCACAAGCACGCCGGCGUGGCCUCUGGUCAUUCGCGAAAGUCUCGAUUUAUCAAAAGUGGAGGACAACGAAUCGGACACGAUUUCAGAAGAACAAAGAAACGCAAUAAAUGAGCUUGAUGACACUUUAGAGAAAUAUAAAACCGAACAUUUGCUUAAAACCGCAGCUGACGACAACUUGUAUCAGAUCGUCGCCGAUGUAUUACCCUUUGGCGUUUUUGAGGCAUUUAAUGAGGAGGAAGUGUUCAACGUUGAAGAUCAGCCGCCCUCGCGCUCCUCCACCAUGAGCGGAAACUCCGGUAAUUCUCGAACUGGAAUCAUUUCUAACCGACAAUCGCUAGGCAACGACAAACGCAAGUCAAACAGUGUGUCCUUCAAACUGCCGGCUGGUCACGUCGACAAGCCAUACGCUCCGUUAAAUGCCAGUCAGAAAGCGAAAACAACAGUCGGGGAAGUGGCAUCGCAAACGGCGUCACAAAAGACCACGAUAGUUGUGUCCGCGGGGGACAUGAAAAUGACACAUACUGGAAACACAUUUUUCAUGAAGAGCCGACGCCUGUCGGCAGGGCCUUUCAAGGGGUCGUUCAAGGACUUGUUUUACGGCAAAUACGCCAAAGACGAUCUGGGUGAAUAUAAAGAACACGCGAAGUAUCUUGCCCCAGAAAUAUUGGACAAAGUGGAGUCAUUUGAGUCAUUAACAUUGCCAGAGAAAGAGUAUGGCAAGAAAAAAACUGGUUUCAAGAGUUUGUUUCGUCGUCAUACCUUCAGAUGAAAUCCUACAUCGUUCUUGAAUCUCUUAGGUAAAAUAUCUUGUAUAUACAUUUGUACAUAUACCAUUCGAUAGCUCAUGGUAAAUAUAAUGUAAUUUUAAUUUUAAAAUCCAGAAGAUGGAAACGAUUUGCGUUUAACUACAACAGAUUUCUGGAUGUUUUAUUUUUUAACCAAUUACAUAUAAUUAGGUUUUAUAGCAAACCCGAUUUUAUCGACAAGUGAAUAUCGCAACAUGUUAAUAUUGUUUUACCAAAUCAUUAUUUUACAGUCAACUCAAUUGAACGUUUUAUGUACAUUUUUUUUCUCAUCUGCUUGUUUUUAAAUUUGUAUUUCACUUAUGGAUUGCAAUAAUAACGCUUACAUGUUUGUUUUAAUUAACGUCCGCUAGUCUAUUACAUUUUUAGGUCUAAUUAAUAUUAUAUAUUGCAAUUAAAGGGAUCUUUUCACGCUUUGGUAAAUUGACAAAAUUGAAAAAAGUUGUUUCAGAUUUGUAAGUUUUCGUUUUAGUUAUGAUAUUUGUGAGGAAACAGUAAUACUGAACAUUAACCAUGCUCUAAUAUAGCCAUUAUAUGCAUCUUUUGACGAUUUUAAAACCUAAAAAUUAUAAAGCGUUGCAACGCGAAACGAUUGAAUAAUUUGGAGAGUUCUGUUUUUGUCGUUAAAUUUUGUGCAACUACGAAGAUUGCUUAUAUAAGGUAUAAAAUACGUCAGGAAUGUGUACUCGGCGGAAUAGCUCAGUAGGCUAAAGCGUUUUUACUUCAGGACUCUGGCAGGACUCCAGGGGACACUGGUUCGAAACCUGCUCCGGGCAAUGUUCUUUUCCUUUUUUUUAAUUUUUUUUCUUGAUUUUUUACUGGAGCUUUUACGAUCCAAUGUUUACAUUUAUCAAUAUAAAGCAUUUAAUGAAUAAGUUAAAAAAUUGCCAAAAUCUGUGAAAAGGCCCCUUUAAUGAGUAACUUCGACCGUUGUGAAUUCAAAAACUUACCACGUGAUCAUGUAAUCAACUUCCGGGCUAGAUAUGCAUAUAUGUUUAUGUGACAACGUGUUGGAUUAAAUAUAUUUUACAUUCUUAAAUGCAAGUGCAUUGUCAAUUAUCGUUAUCGAAUUUUGUUAUUGUGCAUUCAUAGUUUUACAAUUCAAUUUUACAAUAUUUGUCAAUAUUUCUAAUAAAAGUUCUUAAAUUUAA